AUUGACAGGCGACGUGAUUUAUUAAUUAUACAACAUUGCAACAUUGUUGUAUAAUUCACAUUCAAAUUAAAACCUGCUUACUACCAUCAAGAAGUCAAAUGGAGAUCGGAAUUUAUAUGCGCGCCAGAAUGUGCCAGAAGGUCCGAUAGAUCUAGAGACAGACACUGGAAACGAUAUAAAUAGACGCAGGGUUGACUUCUUUCGGUUUUGCCAAACAGUCCAUCUAUAGCGAUUGACGUUGUGAAAAGAGACGGAGUGAAAUAUAAAAGUUAUUUGCGAGUAAAAAUAUUUAUUAUUGUGUUUUAAACAAGUGAAAAGAACUUUGAACAAACAAAACAAAAGUAUAACGAGUGUAUAACGCGUUAAACGAAACGAAAGUGAAAAGCUAACAGUCUUUAAAUCUGUUCUCCGCAGCAGCUUCAAGUGUGUGUUAAGGUAGCUUAUUUAUUGAUUACAUGUCCCGGCCGUCGCGUUCAACUGCCAAAGCGGUGCAAUUCAGGCACGAUUCAAGUGAGGAGGAGGACGAAGAAGAGCUGGAACAGCAACACCAACACCAGCAGCGUAUGAAACGUCGCAGCAAUAUGCAUACAGAAUUGGGUAAUGGUGGAAAUGGAUCUCCAGCCUCUGGAGGCGGCGGAGGUGUUCCAGCCUUUCUGGCCAAACUCUGGCGACUUGUGGAUGACGCUGAGACAGACAAUUUAAUAUGUUGGAAUAAGGAUGGUUCCAGUUUUAUUAUACAAAAUCAGGCUCAAUUUGCUCGGGAUUUGUUGCCCCUGAACUACAAGCACAACAAUAUGGCCAGUUUUAUACGACAACUAAAUAUGUAUGGUUUCCACAAGAUUACAUCCAUAGAGAAUGGUGGUUUGCGUUUUGAUCGCGAUGAGAUUGAGUUUUCCCAUCCGUGUUUCAAGCGUAAUUUUCCCUAUCUGUUGGAUCAUAUUAAACGAAAGAUAUCGAAUACGAAAUCAACAGUGGAUGAGAAGAGUGUACUGAAGCAGGAGACUGUCUCAAAGGUUUUAAACGAUGUAAAGAACAUACGUGGACGUCAGGAUACCAUAGAUUCCGGCUUCUCGGUGAUGAAGCAGGAAAACGAGGCUCUAUGGCGUGAGAUAGCCAGCCUAAGACAGAAGCAUGCCAAGCAGCAGCAGAUAGUGAAUAAGUUGAUACAAUUCCUUAUAUCGAUAGUCCAGCCAUCGAGAAAUAUGUCCGGAGUGAAACGUCACAUGCAAUUAAUGAUUAACGAUACGCCGGAAAAUGUACGUGGACGAACCACAAGCGAAACGGAGAGCGACAGCGGUGAAGGACCGGUGAUCCAUGAGCUAAGCGAGGAAUUACUUGAAGAGGUAAUGAAUCCGCAAGCUACGCCUUCCCCUUACCCGCAGGAUAGUGCAUCGCCACAGGCAAUGGAACGACCACGCUCAAACUUAAGCAUGAGCUCACAUAACUAUGAUUACUCCAAUCAAAGCGGUGGCGAUGAGUUCCUCCAAAUGGCUGGAGGAAAUUUGAUUAACCAACGUGGUGGACCGCCUUCGAAUGCCAUGUAUACAGUGACUGAGGCCCCGGACUCCACACACAUUCAGGAGUUACCCAAUAGUCCAUUAUUGGCCGAAGAGCAAAAUGUUCUUACCACGCCUAUGGUUAGACAGCAAGAGGAGGAGCGUAAGCGUUUGCAAUUAAAGGAGAAGAAUAAGCAGCGUCAUCGGGAGCAGCUGCUCGAGGAAGGGAACUCCUCAUCACCAUCACCCUCGCCGGCAAAGAUAAUACACCAGCCACUGCUGGUCAAAACGGAACAAAGCGAAGCUAGCGCCCCAGUCGUUUCCCAUAACAAUUCGGAUCUCUACAAUGUGAAUUUUCUAAGCAAUGACAUGCCCACAAAUAUAUUUGAGGAUGAUUCCUCUGCCUCAUUGCUGGUUGGAUCCCCGCCCGUUAUGGAAGAUGCCGCACAAUUUGGUCAAAGUACGGUGAAUAAUGGCAAGUUUGCCAAUAAUCAAUCUCUACUGGAUGCCAGUUUGGCCUCCACUUCUAAGGCCGCAGCAGCUGCAGCCAAUGAACAGCAACAACAACAACAGGAGGAUGAGGAAGCUGAUCUUAUGACGGUAGCCAAAUAUACUGGUGACAAUGACAAUAAUCACGAGGGAACAGCCGCAGGUCAAGGCAACGGCAACGCCCAACAACUCUUGCGAAUGAACUCAGUGUUAGUAGAGCAAAUUAUUCCAAACUUUUCCCAUAACACUCAUCCUCAUAAUUCUUCACAACAUUCUGCCUCUCACAGUGAUGACGUUCAUGGACAUUUGGAUAAUAUGCAAGAUGAUCUCGAUACCUUAAAAGAUUUGCUUCGCAGCGAUAAUGUCUCAAUUGAUCAAAAUAUGCUAUUGGGUUCAACACGAAGGACGCCUCUAAUGCAGCUAACCGAAGAUGAGCUGCUAUUGAAGCUCUUUGCUGAUUCUGAUCUGCUGGAUAAUUACGGUUUAUCCUUUCCCAAUGACAAUCUAUCAGCCGGGGAUAAGAAAGCUAAUAGCGGCUCGGAGCUAAUGACCUAUCAACCUGGAAUGUAUGACCUCUCUGAUAUCCUCGACGAUAAUAAACAACAGCAGAAUGAGAACGAAGGUCGCCAAAUGUUGGCACAUCAGACUUCUGUGUUGAAUACACCAAGACACGAAUCGUAGAGGCUUGCAGGUCGUCGGAUAGUUUAUUUUUGUUAUAUCCCAGCUCAUCAUCACAUGGAGAAAAGCAAACAAAAUUUAUGUUUUCAUAAUUUGUUUUUUUUUUUUUAACUGGACACUUGCCUUGAGAGUAGUAUGGGAAACAAAUCGCUCGGAAUGGCGAUUUCAUUUUGCUGUUAUCUUUUAUACAAGAAAAAGGAACUGAUUUUGUAUAUCUGAAACCGAAAUUGCUAAGGGGAUCUCACUCUCUCGGUUGCCCCAGUAGUGAAUGAAGGACCCAAUAUUUGGAAGAGUUGUUGGUUAUCUUUGCGAAGAGCCAAUUGCUGGGAGAGAUUGUUUUUCUUUAUAUACAUAGUUGUUAAUAUUCUAAAAACAACAAAUAUGCCUUAUGCUCCUAUAUAUCUAAUAUAUAGUCAAUUAAUUAACCCAUUUACUAUUAUAGUUUUGAUUUUUUUUCUUUGCAAAUUCUACGGACUUUUUAGAAAUAGAACUGUCAGAAAAAUAACACAACAUAUUGGAUAAAAUUUUAAAACUUUUUUAAACAACAACAAAAAACAACAUAAACAAUAAAAGUUAACCUUAAGAUAAUGUUAAAUAAAUUUUGUUUACAGUAAAUGGGGGAAAAAUCGAACUAUAUAAUGCUACUAAACUUAACUACUUUUUAAUAAAAUUUACAUAUAAAAAAUAAAACUUAUACAAAAUAUUAAUAAAAAAUUUAAGGGCGAUUUAUGAUGUCGCCAAUUGAAAAUAA